UUAUGUAUUCCUCGCUCCUACCCGUUAUCACCCCUAGGAACCAUCCCAGAUUCGAUUAAAACCCUCUCUCAGGAUUAGGGUUAGGGUUCCUCUCUCUCUCUCCUUCUGAGAGAGUCCGCCAUGGCGAACCGAACGGAUCCCAAUGCGAAGAGCAUCCACGGCACAAACCCUCAAAACCUAAUCGAAAAGAUUGUGAGAUCGAAAAUCUAUCAGCACACGUACUGGAAAGAGCAAUGCUUUGGGCUCACCGCCGAAACCCUAGUCGACAAGGCCAUGGAGCUCGAUCACCUCGGAGGAACCUAUGGCGGAAAUCGAAAGCCCACCCCCUUCAUGUGCCUCGUCAUGAAGAUGCUCCAGAUCCAGCCUGAGAAGGACAUCGUCGUCGAGUUCAUCAAGAACGAGGACUACAAGUAUGUGAGGAUUCUUGGAGCUUUUUAUUUGAGAUUGACGGGGACGGUGACGGAUGUGUACCAGUAUCUUGAGCCAUUGUAUAAUGAUUAUCGAAAGCUUAGGCAGAAGCUUCCUGAUGGGAAGUUUAGCUUGACUCAUGUAGAUGAAGUGAUUGACGAGCUUUUGACAAAAGACUAUUCUUGUGAUAUUGCACUUCCGAGAGUGCAGAAAAGGUGGGCUCUUGAAGCUUCUGGAGCCUUGGAACCUCGAAGAAGUGCUUUAGAGGAUGAUUUUGAAGAGGAAGAAGAAAAGGAAGAGGAUGAACAGGCUAUGGACAUAGAUAAUGGAUCAUAUGAGAAGGUGAGUAUUUAACGUAGUCAAUAUUUUUCAACCAGGGACAGGGAUUAUGACCGGGAUAGGGAUUACGAUCGAGACUAUGGUAGGGGGCGUGAAAGAGACCGAGACCGAGAUAGAGAUCAUGACAGAGAUCGUGACAGAGACAGAGACCGCCACCGAACUAGAGAUGAUAGAGAUUACGGUCGAGAAAGAGAUCGAGAAGGCAGGGACCGAGACAGAAGAGACAGAGACAGAGGGCGACACCGGAGUCGCUCAAGGAGUCGGAGCCGGAGUAGGGACCGUAGAGACCGCGACCGUGAGGAUGGAGACCACCACCGGAGGAGGCACCAUGAACGAAGCAGUGCUAGUCCUCGUGGGCGGCCUGAGGAGGAACCAAAGAAGAAGAAAAAGGAGAAAAAGGAGAAGAAGAGUGAUGGAACUGAUCACCCAGAUCCUGAGAUUGCGGAGGCAAAUAGGCUUCGGGCUUCUCUUGGUUUGAAACCCCUGAAAAUGUGAGACAAUCUUAACAUUGUCUGGACCAUGUUGUGUUUGAUAAUGCAGAUAACCAUCGAUUCUUCCGAAUGUUAUUAAGUGAAAGAUAUGUCCCGGAGAUUGUCUGUCUGUAUGUCCAUAUAUAUGCUGUUCCUGUGCAUGAUAUUAUGUGUUCAUGUGUUAUAGUUUUGUUUCGACUGUGGAGGCUGUUAUCGUUUUUAUA